AUGCACCCCCCGAUCGUCGGGAUCCAGACAUAUAAGGGCAGAGAGGUAAGGAGCCCUUCCCGCAGCCGCCAUUUGCAGCCAUUGGCCCGACCGAAGCUCAACAGAACGCCAUUAGGAGCACGCCUCCAGUCAACCCCACCACACACAAAACAAAAUUACGGUUACCCAGCAGCCAUGCCGCAAGCGACCCUGCAAUCCGCGCGCCUCAAAUUCGUGCCCCUCGGGCAGGAGCAUUUCGAGGUCACGUCGAAGCUCGACCAGGACGCAGAGGUCAUGCGAUACAUCGGCUUCGGUCGCCCAUUAACGCUGGACGAGGCCAAGCAAGUUCACGAAUGGCUGCUCAAAUCCGCCACCUCCGUCCCCGGCUUGGGAACCUGGGUCGCGUACGUAGGCGACGAGCCCGUCGGGUGGUGGAUUCUUGCGCCCACGCCCAUAGAUAAGGACAAGCCGACCGAGAACUUUAGCAGCGAGCGCUCCGAGUUUGGGUACCGUCUGCUCCCGCAGUUUUGGGGCAAGGGGUACGGCAAGGAAGGGUCCAAGGAGCUCCUCCGGCACGCGUUCCAGGACCUCGGACUGAAUGAGGUCUUUGGCGAGACCAUGACGGUGAAUGCGGCUUCGCGCGCUGUGAUGGCCAAGUGUGGACUUACACAUGUCGAUACCUGGUUCAACGAGUAUCCUACGCCUCCGCCUGGGAUUGAGGAAGGUGAGGUGCGGUAUCGGAUCACCAAGGAGGAGUGGAAGUCACAGCAGCGGUCACAGUCACAGUCAUAG